UCUUUCAGGAAAUGAAUUUAAAGAAAUGAGAAAUCCAGGAACUUGAGCUGAAACGAGUCGCGGCGGGCAGAUCCGAAGAGUCGACGAAGAAACUCUCUUAAAGCUAGUUUGAAUGUUGGACACGCGGCGGCAAGGGAGAUAAUAUGUUGAUAAAGGAGUUUCGAAUCGUCCUGCCCAUUUCUGUUGAAGAGUACCAGGUGGGUCAGCUGUACUCUGUAGCAGAAGCAAGUAAGAAUGAGACAGGAGGUGGAGAAGGGGUGGAGGUCCUAAAAAACGAGCCCUACGAGAAAGAGGAUGGGGAGAAAGGACAGUACACUCAUAAGAUUUACCACUUGCAAAGUAAAGUGCCAACUUUUGUACGGUUACUGGCCCCUUCAUCUGCCCUGAAUAUUCAUGAGAAGGCCUGGAAUGCUUAUCCUUACUGUCGCACAGUUCUUACGAAUGAGUACAUGAAGGACAAUUUUCUAAUCAUGAUUGAGACGUGGCACAAACCUGACCUUGGUGAACAGGAAAAUGUUCAUAAGCUUGACCCUGAACAAUGGAAGAAGGUUGAGGUGGUACAUAUUGACAUUGCUGACAGAUCUCAGGUGGACACUAAGGACUAUAAACCAGACGAGGAUCCAGCCACUUUUAAAUCGCAGAAGACUGGUAGAGGCCCAUUAGGACCUGAUUGGAAGAAAGAGCUUCCUCAGAAGAAGGACUGCCCUCAUAUGUGUGCCUAUAAAUUAGUCACUGUCAAAUUCAAGUGGUUUGGCCUGCAGAAUAAAGUGGAGGGUUUCAUCCACAGGCAAGAGAAGCGUCUGUUCACCAGCUUCCACAGGCAGCUCUUCUGCUGGUUAGAUCGAUGGAUUGGUUUGACCAUGGAGGAUAUCCGCCGCAUGGAGGAGGAGACACAGAAAGAGCUUGAUAAUAUGCGAGAGAAGGAUCCAGUGAAAGGGAUGUCUGCCGCAGACGAAUGAGGUGCUACAGCUGGGACUAUGUCUGCAGCUGUUUGGCUGUGUCCUAGUAUUGGAUCGUUUCUCUACAGUAUGAUUGGCUGUUUUUUGUCUUCAUCCUUCACUCCAGUAGUUUCUCUUUCUCCACCUCUAAACAAAGAACAUCUCAUCCAGUGAUGUUUCUGAGCAUUAUUAUUAUUUUUUUUUGGUCUAGCCCGUUUUUCUUAGAUGUCCUCUCUUUAUUUUCAAACUCUGUAAUUCCAUCACCAUAAAUGUUUACCCCAUUUUUUGUGUGUAAUUUAAGUUCAGCAACACCAGCACUCGGGUAUUUAAACACCCCAGCACUGCUUGCAUCUCUAGCAUGUUAACAUGUUUCUCAAACAGACGCUCCACCCUUAUAUUUGCUUCAUGUUUUUGUUUUUUGAUUUGUACCAGAUGAAGCUGCCUCAUGUCAAAUGACCAUGAGUUGAUCGUAUUAGAGGGCCGCAGCUGACCCAUUGUUACUCAUAAGCCACUUUUCUCAGGACUUUUUGUAGAUCUGAAAGGACUGAAUUUGAAUAAUGUGGUAAUACCAGGUUUACAGUAAUGAAGUAAUAGUAAACUUGCUUCAGUUCUGCUGGACUUCCAAACAGGGUCUAGAGAAGUAAACAUCAUGUUGUGUUGGAGAUGUAUUAGCACAUAUUUCCUAUAAGGAUUUAUUAUGAACUGUAUUCAGAUGUUUGUGUCAUUAUGCUGCUCUGUUCUCUCUAAGACUAUGUUUACUGGACAUGGAUACAACUCGUUUCAUAAUUGUGCCAAGACCUGAUAAUGAUAUUAAAAAGAAUUUAUAUUA